AUGGAAGACAAGCUGGCAACAUCGUUGAACCUCCCACCGGGCGCUUACGUCCUUGACGCCGGGUGUGGCGUCGGCCUCUUUGCUAUUAAUCUAGCAACUAAGCAUGGGUUCAAAAUCCAAGGGAUUGACAUUGUUGAACACCCUUUGGAGAAGGCAAGGCGGAAUAUCGCUCAAUCAGCACUCUCUGAAAAACAGAUUGCGGUUCAGAAGAUGGACUAUCAUCAUUUAGAGAGCUUCGGGUGUGAAGCAUUCGAUAGUGUUUAUACAAUGGAGACAUUUGUUCACGCUACGGAACCCGAGGCAGUCUUAGCUGGGUUCUUUCGCAUUCUUCGUCCCGGAGGCCAUCUGUCCUUGUUUGAGUACGACCAUGAGCUAAAUGACGACUCUCCGAAGGCAGUGGCGCGCUCUAUGCGCAAGAUCAAUGAAUUUGCUGCUAUGCCGACAAAUUGUCGGUCACAUCCAGGGGUAUUUCAGCAGAUGCUCGAAGAUGCCGGGUUCACGGAUGUCAUUGUUCGUGACUAUUCUGACAACAUAAAGCCAAUGACGCGACUGUUUUACCUGAUUGCCUGA